UCGGAGCGCCGCGCCGCGGCUGGUGCGGCCGCGCCCCUCGCUGCGCUGCUGCGCCCCCGCCCCUCGGGCCGCGCCGCGCCGCUGCCGCUGCCCCGCGCGAGGAGGAGCCCGCCGCGCCUGGCGCCGCCAGCAUGUUUGACAGGACGAGGCUGCCGUUCGUGGCGCUGGACGUGCUCUGCGUGGUGCUGGCUGGCUUACCCCUUGGUGUUCUAAACUUGGCCAAAAUAAAACCGUAUCAGAGAGGCUUUUUCUGUAAUGAUGACAACAUCAAGUACCCGUUCCAUGACAGUACCAUCACAUCCACUGUCCUCUACACAGUGGGGUUCACCCUGCCCAUUUUCUCUAUAAUCCUAGGAGAGACCCUGUCUGUCUCUUAUAACCAUUUGCACUCAAAUUCAUUUGUCAGAAAUAACUACGUAGCCACUAUUUACAAAGCCAUCGGGACCUUCAUUUUUGGAGCAGCUGCUAGCCAGUCAUUGACGGACAUUGCCAAGUACUCCAUAGGCAGACUGCGCCCUCACUUCCUAGCUGUGUGUCAGCCUGACUGGGCGCGAAUCAACUGCACUCUAGGCUACAUUGAGAACUUCUCCUGUCAAGGAGACAAAGCAAGAAUCAACGAGGGAAGGCUAUCAUUUUACUCUGGCCAUUCUUCGUUCUCCAUGUACUGCAUGCUGUUUCUAGCACUUUACCUUCAGGCCAGAAUGAAAGGAGACUGGGCAAGACUUGUACGUCCUACUCUACAAUUUGGUCUUGUUGCUACAUCUAUCUAUGUGGGUCUUUCACGUGUUUCUGAUUACAAACAUCACUGGAGUGAUGUUUUGACAGGACUCAUUCAGGGAGCAGUGGUAGCUGUGCUCAUUGUUGUGUACGUGUCUGACUUCUUCAAAGUGAGAGUAUGUACGUUUCAACCAAAAGAAGAUUCCCAUACAACCCUACAUGAGACUCCAACAAAUGGAAAUCACUUUGGUAGCAAUCAUCAACCAUGAAGAAAGAUCCACCUCAACUCUCUUGCUCUCUGAAAGAAAACAAUUCCAAAAGUCUCUAUGUAAUAUAAAUAAAUGCCUUUAAGGGACUGCUGCUGCUCUUGGAUGCUCACUUUACCUGUAUAUAGUAACAUUUACCACCAUUAUGUAUAUCUAAACUUUAAAUAUCUGUUGGUUCAAGCUUUUGCUUAAAAAAAAAAACUAUUCAAACUGUAAAUUUUUUAUUAAAAAUGUGGUAACACUUACAUUA